UUUCAAUAAAGGCAAUGAUACGACAAUAUCAUCCACCACCUUGACCUGAACUAUAUAAACAGUAGACAUUUCCUCUGCAUCCUCAUCAUCUUUCGUCUUUGCUUAUUGUCAUAUCAUUAUGCAGAUCAAGAACUCUUCUUCAAGUUCGAAAGAAUCUGCUCAUCUCGUCAUGCUUGACUUCACCACGACCGCACCCUCUCAGAGCUUUGCCCAUUAUCUACCAGGUUUACCAAGUGAUGACAAUCUGUACGCCGACAGUUUCGACUUUCACAAAUGGAUUCCUGGCUUCCAGUUCGCUGCGCCUGACUUCGCCCAAUAUGAUUUGGAAAAGGAUAUCAAUGACAUUGAUGCCAACAUGCACUAUGUGCCCCACGAUCUGCUAUACGCACCAUGGCCCAUCCCCGCUGACGUCGAUACCAUACUUGCACGCGAUGAUGCCACUCGGACCCCUCAAGUCCAACUGACUUUCGCUCACACUCCGACUUCAACCAGACCGAACGGGCCAGUCCUACGAGCCACUCUCCCUGCGCCAUUUGCCUACUGCAUACCGAGAGAAUUUCUCGAGGCGGAAAAUAUCAUACCGAGGAUGAUUUACGAAAAGCUAGUCGAUCUCCACGGGAUGUCAAUGCGUCCGCCGCCUUUCUUCGACAUGCCUGGUGCUCAACAAUAUGCUCAAUUCGACAUGCCUGAUACCCGACAAUACGCUCAAUUAAUCACCGACUUCUGUCAGCACAAGGAUUCUGUCACUCGUCGAUACUACUCUAAGAUUCCUCGAAACCCAUGCUGCCCCAAUGACGCGCAACGCCCGAUCUAUCCCAUCAAGUUUUUGAACCAGGUUCCUAAUUACCUUGAAAGAUACAAGGACGCGUUUCCGGAGCCACUUCCUAUGGUCAUAAUUCGAAACAGCGAAGUCAUAUGUAUGAAUCCACCACGUUGGUGUAACAAGUAUGGCGUGAUCAUCCAUGUUCUCCCUACGGAACAUCCAUCGAAGUUCGAGAAUUCAGAAAAUCCUGAAGACACUCUAUGGUCCAUGUCUCUUAAGCGCGGCGUUCCCGCCUCGUACAAACCACUUUCAAGUCAACCGAGUGUGGUCACUUCUCCAAUUCAGUUCGGUAAUAUGAUUUAUUCUGCCGAAGAACUGACGUUUUUCAACUUCGCUGUCAACGUAUUCAUGGAAGUUCCAACAUUCCCAGGGCCUGGGCUGCUACAGGAACCUGCAGCAGCGUAUAGAGGUGCAUUUAUACUUCACGUUAUUGAUCACCCUAUGGACCCGGCAUGCUGGACUGAACUUUCCGAGGACCGCAAGAUCGACUUAUACUGGCACGCACCUAAGCUGUUUGACGGCCUUCCCACUUUCUUGAAGUGCCCGAACUUUCCGGCUGUCAAUCUACACUUCCAGAAUUGAGAUAUGAAUCUGCUGGGCGUUCUGGACGAUCUCAAGUUUGGCACGAUCGACGACAGUAUUGAUGUGGCCAGUGCGAGGAAAAGGAACUAGGAUCGUCCUGUUCG